ACGAAGAAGUCACCUCUCCCGGGACCACGAAGCGCACCCGCGGAGACGAUGUGCCCGUGUUGAGUGUGUGACGCCCCUUGUUUACUUGGUGACCAAGUUCUUUUUUUUUUUUUUCCUUCUUCUUCUUCUUCUUCUUCUUUCGGUUAAGACAAAAAGGGGCCGAAAAAAAAUUAGAUCGCGAUCACGGAAGAUGCGAAUCUUGUUGAUUGCCACAAUAGUGGCAGUGCUCUCGACACACCAUGCGCAAGCAUCGAGUGAGAAGAGCAAAAGAGCGAUAGCGAGCAAUGGAGGUUAUAUUUAUGAGCCACCGCAUGACCAAUUAACUUUACCACCGCGAACAACAUUGAAAACAACGAUACCACCGGUAACUCUAUCGACAAAAACUACAACAUAUACUUAUCAAACACAUGAUGGGAGAGUUACAUAUCCACCAGGACCUGACCAACAUGUAACAUCAAUUACUUAUUCUACUCCCGCAACAAUACAUACAUAUCCAACUCAAACAAGAUCGACUUUAUCACCACCAACGAUUCAAACAAAGCCACCAAUAGAGGCUUCAACAGGAUAUAGUUAUUCAAGACCUCCUGGUUCAUUUACGCUGCCAUCUCAAACUCAACCGUCUUAUGAUAGACCAAGCGGACCAUUUAUAACACCGCCAUCACCAUCUUUUCCAUCAGAUAAACCAAAACCUCCUCCCUUUUCACAGAGACCAACAGUCCCAUCGUACAAACCAACUGAUUAUGACUUUCCACAAACAUUUCCGACAGGACCGAAAGUAACACCGCCAUCUAAAACGCCAACAUAUGAUUAUUCACAACCACCUCCAACAUCUUUCCCACCAUCGCAAACCAAAAUACCAGGUUACGAUUAUCCACGACCACCUCCAGGAUUACCGUCACCUUUUCCACCAAAAACUUCAACUCCUGCACCAUCUUUUCCCCCAAGACCUCCCACACCACCCAAAACACCAGGUUAUGAUUAUCCACGACCAUCUCCAGGAUUACCGUCACCUUUUCCAACAAAAACUCCAACUCCUGCACCAUCUUUUCCCCCAAGACCUCCCACACCACCCAAAACACCAGGUUAUGAUUAUCCACGACCAUCAUCACCUUUUCCACCACCACAACCACCACAAACUUCAACUCCUCCACCAUCUUUCCCACCAAGACCUCCCACACCACCUAAAACUCCAGGUUAUGAUUAUCCAGGACCACCAUCACCUUUUCCACCACCACAACCACCAAAACCUCCAACUCCCCCACCAUCUUUUCCACCAAGACCUCCCUCACCACCCAAAACCCCAGGUUAUGAUUAUCCAGGACUACCAUCACCUUUUCCACCACCACAACCACCAAGACCUCCAACUCCCCCACCAUCUUUCCCACCAAGACCUCCCUCACCACCCAAAACACCAGGUUAUGAUUAUCCAGGACCACCAUCACCUUUUCCACCACCACAACCACCAAAACCUCCAACUCCUCCACCAUCUUUCCCACCAAGACCUCCUUCACCACCCAAAACCCCAGGUUAUGAUUAUCCAGGAUCACCAUCACCUUUUCCACCACCACAACCACCAAGACCUCCAACUCCUCCACCAUCUUUCCCACCAAGACCUCCCUCACCACCCAAAACACCAGGUUAUGAUUAUCCAGGACCACCAUCACCUUUUCCACCACCACAACCACCAAAACCUCCAACUCCUCCACCAUCUUUCCCACCAAGACCUCCUUCACCACCCAGAACCCCAGGUUAUGAUUAUCCAGGACCACCAUCACCUUUUCCACCACCACAACCACCAAAACCUCCAACUCCUCCACCAUCUUUCCCACCAAGACCUCCCACACCACCCAAAAUCCCAGAUUAUGAUUAUCCAGGACCACCAUCACCUUUUCCACCACCACAACCACCAAAACCUCCAACUCCCCCACCAUCUUUUCCACCAAGACCUCCCACACCACCCAAAACACCAGGUUAUGAUUAUCCACGACCACCAUCACCUUUUCCACCACCACAACCACCAAAACCUCCAACUCCCCCACCAUCUUUCCCACCAAGACCUCCCUCACCACCCAAAACCCCAGGUUAUGAUUAUCCAGGACCUUAUCAGCCACCACAACCACCAAAACCUCCAACUCCCCCACCAUCUUUCCCACCAAGACCUCCCUCACCACCCAAAACACCAGGUUAUGAUUACCCAGGACCACCAACAUCAAGACCAUUACCGCCACAGUCACCUGGAUAUAAUUAUCCAUCUCCUCCGCGAACUCCAGCACCACCUCCCCCUUAUCCACCACAAACAUCGCAGCCACGACCACCUACACCAUACGUACCUCCUUCUCCUUCUCGACCACCAAGUUUUCCACCUGAGACAGCACCAGGAACACCACCAUUCCAGUAUAUUCCGCCAAAACCUUCACCAACUACAUCACCAAAAACUCCAUCUGUUCCAUCUAGACCACCACAGCCACCUUCACCACCUGGGCCUCCAAUAACACGAGCACCCACACCUUAUGUACCACCAUCACCACCUACACCUUAUCUACCUCCUUCACCACCAACAAGUCGUCCACCACCACCUACACCUUAUCUACCUCCUUCACCACCGACAAGUCGUCCACCACCCACACCUUAUCUACCUCCUUCACCACCAACAAGUCGUCCACCAGCACCACCGACACCUUACGUACCUCCUUCACCACCAACAAGUCGUCCACCACCACCACCCACACCUUAUGUACCUCCUUCACCACCGACAAGUCGUCCACCACCCACACCUUAUCUACCUCCUUCACCACCAACAAGUCGUCCACGACCACCACCGACACCUUAUGUACCACCUUCACCAACGAGUCGUCCACCACCACCGCCCACACCUUAUGUACCACCUUCACCAACGAGUCGUCCACCACCACCACCCACACCUUAUGUACCACCUUCACCAACGAGUCGUCCACCACCACCACCCACACCUUAUGUACCACCUUCACCAACGAGUCGUCCACCACCAAUACCUACACCUUAUCUACCUCCUUCACCACCAACGAGUCGUCCACCACCCACACCUUAUCUACCUCCUUCACCACCGAUAAAUCGUCCAUCACCACCACCCUCAUCUUAUCUACCUCCUUCACCAAGUCGUCCACCAUCUCCGCAACCUCCCCCAACACGACCACCCCCAACUGGACCAACGUAUUUACCUCCUUCACCCCCUGUAACACAUCCACCUAUUACACGUCCACCUUCACCUCCAUCUCCACCUGUUACACGUCCACCUUCACCUCCAUCUCCACCUAUAACACGUCCACCUUCACCUCCAUCUCCACCUAUAACACGUCCACCUUCACCUCCAUCUCCACCUAUAACACGUCCACCUUCACCUCCAUCUCCACCUGUUACACGUCCACCUUCACCUCCAUCUCCACCUGUUACACGUCCACCUUCACCUCCAUCUCCACCUGUUACACGUCCACCUUCACCUCCCACGUAUCUACCUCCCGUAAAUACAAAGCCAUCUACCCAAGGCAAUACGUAUUUGCCUCCUGACACUACUACUCAAAGAACUUCUACUCCGAGAAUUCCAAUAACCACCCCAAUAACCACUCCAACAUAUACACCUAGCUCUACAUAUCCAACUUUCUAUCCAAGUACACGACCUCCGCCAUACCUUCCACCUUCUACUCCAUCCACGCCUCGCGUCACGGUGACAGCGCCUCCUCCACCUACCCCAAUGUAUACCAUUGUGCCAACAUCGACGAUCUACACCACACCACCAACUGGCAAACCCGCUUCGUCACCUACUAUACCACCAACCACGAAGAGGCCUAUUGGCUACUUCUACGCCGUACCGGAGAAUCCGUUCGAGUUACCGCCGUUCGACGACGAGAGGCGAUUUAGUUGAACUGAUAAUUUCAUACUACUAUAUAUAUUUUUUUUUUAAUUUUUAUAUGUAUAGUAUACAAAGCUAUUUAUGGAUCCGCAUAGGAGACGAAUACUGAAUCUAUAAUCGACAAUGGAAAAGAAACG